AUCCAGCACCCUUCUUUACACCAAAACACAACACAAACCACGUGUUGUCUCAAACAAACAGCAUCAAGAUGACCACAAUCGCGGUAGCUGGUGGUACCGGCGGAGUAGGAAAGACAAUCGUCGAGACAUUGUUACAAGAAGACAAAUAUCAGGUUAUCGUCUUAACUCGCGGUAGCCCCAAGGAGGACCCUGCCCUUUUAAAGACGCGGCAAGUGCAGAUAAACUACAAUGACGUCGACUCCGUUGCUCAAGUACUCGACAAGCACGCCAUCCGCACAAUCAUCUCCGCCAUUAGUAUCUACUCGGAUGAAACCAGCCAAAGCCAAUUGAACCUGAUCCAGGCUGCUGAAAAGUCCACUGCAACUAAGACAUUUAUCCCAAGUGAAUACUCGUUUAUCCAGACCAAGGAUAUCCUAUCCGUCGACCCCAGUAUAAAAUACUGGCUCGCAGCGGCCGAAUUGCUGCAUAAAAGUAGCCUGAAAUAUACCCGGGUCACACCUGGGAUCUUCAUGGACUAUUGGGGAAUGCCCAAUGUGCGGACCAACCUUCAGCCAUGCGUGAUCGGAAUCGAUGUAGCUAAUUGCUGGGCGGCCAUUCCCGGUGAUGGCAAUGAUAGGAUGAGCGUCACUUACUCGUACGAUAUGGCGGCGUUUAUUGUGAAGCUUCUGGAUCUUGAGGAGUGGCCUGAGUUUAGUGUGUUUGUGGGUGAUGAGAUUACCUAUAAUGAGCUCCUUGAGCUUGCUGAGCAGGUCCGAGGCAAGAAAUUCGAGGUGGUAUAUGACAGCGUCGAGAAGAUCAAAGAAGGAGAUGUUACAAUCCCUUCAUCCCACCCUGGGACUUCUGAUGAAGAGACCCGGGAGACGGCCGCGUUGGUGAGCCGACUCACUAUCGCCGGAGCCUUUGACCUGCCGAAAGAGCGCAUGAAUACGAGGUUUCCAGAUCUGAAGCCCCUUGAAAUGAGGGAAUUCCUCCUUGAUGUCUGGGAAAACAAAGCAUGAUCAUGCAAUACUGGUCAACAUUAAAUGACUAUCUACUCUGUAGAUACUCUACAUAAUCUUGAUUGACGCCAAAAUAUGAGAGUAAUACACACCAUCCGAUGGAUUAUUAUCAUCCUCCGUAUCCGGGUUAUAGUUAAACCCAAACUCCUGAG